AUGACAGCUGGGGGGCAGGGUGUUUCCAACACGAGCCCAGCACCCACAACGGUGCCCUCAGUAGUAUUCAAUACAGCGUCACCCGGAAUAACUGCAUCUACAACAUCCGACUCGACCACGCCUACAGAGGAAGCAGCAGCAGAGAAGACGGGCAGUAAAUCCAGGGCACUCACGACAGGGGCCAUUGUUGGAAUUGUUGUGGGGUGCGUCGGAGGAGUAAUACUUGUCAGUGUCGUGGCAGGAUGUCUCUGCUUCCGCCGGCGACGAGAUGCUGGCGACGAAAGAGGUGGGAGCCGUGGUGUCCAGGACAUAGUUGCCGAGAAGGAGGCACGCGCCAGUAUCCUGGACAAAGAUCAACCGGACACACCUUACUCCGAGCAAAACAGCCAACACCCGCUGCACAGGGGCCUGGGCUUGGCUGGGAGGAACGAGAGUGGUGUAGACUUGGGCAUCGGGCAGGCCAUAUCAGGCGAACGCAGUGGAAGCGUCCAUACCGAGAGCCUCCACACCAUCACAGGCGCAAACGAUCGCAACUCGGCCGUGUACUCCUCGCUGGGCGGGGCAGCCAACUCCGCCCACGGCACGCCAGUGAUCGGCUCUGGGGCAUUCGCCGGCGGCCACAGCAGCCCGCGGGCACAGACACACACACCCACGAUGUCCGUCCACGACCGCAGCUCCGCGAUGGGAUCGCCCGUGCCGCGAUCGUCGUCGCAGCUGGACCGGUCCCUGUCGCCGUACCGAGACAACGCCGGACAGCUCGACUACGUCCAACACCACCACCACGUCGUCGACGGCGCUGACCUCGUGCAGCAAGAGCACUCCAACGACAGCACGGCGCGGAGCCCCUCGUCGCUGUACUCGAACCCGCUGGACGAGCUGCAGCCCAUAUCGCCGGAGAGCGCCCACGACAACAACGGCGCUACCGGUGGCGGCGGAGGGAUGGCAUCGUCACAGCCAACGGGACACGGCCGGUCGAACACGCCGUCUGGGAUAGCCCAGCAGUACGCGCACCUCGUGGAGGACGGGAUGACCACCGACGAGAUCCGGAGGCUGGAGGAGGAGGAGCGGGCGCUUGACGAGGCGAUCGAGGCGCAGGCCGGGACGUCUGGGAGGCAGAGAUGA